AUGGGGUCUGACGGCAGGGCAGCGAGACCCGAGCGGUUGCAGAUGGGACGGUGCGCUCGCUGGGCCUCGCCUCCGCAGGAGGCGCUCGUCUCCGGGGCGUGGCCUCGCGCAGCCCCGCCCUCCUCGCCGGCGACCGCCAGGCGGGUGCCUCGCAGCAGCGGCGGCGCCGACAUGGCUGCUCUGGUGGAGCCACUGGGGCUGGAGCGGGACGUGUCCCGGGCGGUGGAGCUCCUCGAGCGGCUCCAGCGCAGCGGGGAGCUGCCCCCGCAGAAGUUGCAGGCCCUCCAGCGAGUCCUGCAGAGCCGCUUCUGCUCUGCCAUCCGGGAGGUGUAUGAGCAACUCUAUGACACGCUGGACAUCACCGGCAGUGCUGAGAUCCGGGCCCACGCCACAGCCAAGGCCACGGUGGCCGCCUUCACAGCCAGUGAGGGCCACGCACAUCCCAGGGUAGUGGAACUACCCAAGACGGAUGAGGGCCUGGGCUUCAACAUCAUGGGGGGCAAGGAGCAGAAUUCGCCCAUCUACAUCUCCCGUGUCAUCCCUGGAGGUGUGGCUGACCGCCACGGAGGCCUCAAGCGUGGGGAUCAGCUGCUGUCAGUGAAUGGUGUGAGCGUUGAGGGUGAGCAGCAUGAGAAGGCAGUGGAGUUGCUGAAGGCUGCCCAGGGCUCGGUGAAGCUGGUGGUGCGCUAUACACCUCGAGUGCUGGAGGAGAUGGAGGCCCGCUUUGAGAAGAUGCGCUCUGCCCGGCGGCGCCAGCAACAUCAGAGCUACUCGUCCUUGGAGUCUCGAGGCUGAAACCACAGAUCUGGACCCUAACCCUCACCCCCUCCCCUGUACAGUAUUUAUUGUCACCAGCUCCUUAUUUAAAGAUCUUUGACCCUCA